AUGUCUAAAUUGAAUGUCAAUUUCAACAUAUUUAGUAACCUGUCAUCAUCAAUUGAUCAAGAAAAUGAUGUAACAACAAAAGCAACAACUGGGGCAAAAAACAAGGGUCAAACACAGCCCCUGGAACACGAAACAGGACAAGUUGUUAGUGAGAAGCAAACAAGCCCUGUUACUGCUGCUACCACUACACAGCCGUCAAACACUGCCACUACUGCCUCAGACAAUACCCCUCCAAAGCUGACUUCCCCACAACAUCGUACUAUAUACCACUUUCACCUACCAAGACACAAGUCAACUUCUUCUUCUUCUUCUUCCCCACCAUUGAGUAGUGAAUCAAAUGAAGCAAAUGUGUCAAACACUACCCAAUCUACCAGCUCUAGGUCUCCAACUUUGCAAUCACCAAAACUGCAAUCGCCAAAACCACAACAACAACAACAACAACACCAACAGUCUUCUAAGCUUUCCCCUGACAAGGAUGAAAGAUUCCAAAAACUUGUGAAGAAGACAAUAAACAAGUUGAAAUUGUCCCCAGCUGUAGCGCCAGUUGUUGCUCACACAAGCCCCGACUCCCUUGAAAGACAAAAACUGCACUCACAACUGCACUCACAGCAAACCAAAAAUGUGCAAGGAGGCCCACAGCAAAGUCAAUCGCCUUCUCAGAACCAACAUCUUGCUACUCCAUUAACUCGUUCACGUUACAAUUCGGUUGCUUCCUGUAACUCAUCCUCAAGUGACAUUUUUGAACGAUCAGUGACCAAUGGUAACCCACUUUCCAAUUUAACCAAUCCUGAAACACCUUUCCAUUAUAAUAUAGAGAACUACACCAACCCCAUUUUAGACACAACUGCUGAGAUUUUGGUUAACCCAAACAUCCAAUUAGAUCAAGUGAAAUUAAACUGUUAUUGUGAUGAUGAAUUCACUGCGUUACCAUCGUGUGACUCUUUUAAGGGGAAAGAAUCUUAUUUCACUAAUAGCAACAACAACAAUAAUGAUAAUAAUAAUAAUACUGAAAACACUGAUAAUAAUGAUAAUUCUAAUACUACUACUGCUGCUGCUGCUGCUGCUGCUGCUGUUGCUAAUAGUGUUGGUCCAAAAUCUGGUGGAAGUGCUGAUGGAUGUAACAGUGUCGACUGUAAAUCUAGACCUAAUAACCAAUCGACUCUGAGUUUAUCUUUAACUCCAGCCCCACCUUUAGUUGCUAUUUCACCAACAAUGAGACCAAGAGCAAGAAGCAUUAUUUCACAACUGAUUAUUUCAACUUUGGAUAAUUCUAAACACAACAAUAACAACAACAGUAACAGUAAUUCUUUCACUACUAGUGGUAAUUCUCACCUUAGUAAAGUAAAGUCUUCAACUUCAACUAGUGGACUUUCCUUUUUAUCAAGACCUCAGUUUGGCAAUGCAAGGUCUUCGAGUUUUGCUGGCAAUACUAGUCUUUUACGCAACAAGAACAGCAAUUACGAAAGCUCGAUUACGGGAGGAGGAAGAGCUGCUGUGAUUUCUAGAAAAUCGUCACCUAAAUUGGUGAGUUUAGUGACAAAAUCGCAAUCUGGUGCUAACUUGGCAACAUCACCAAUAUCCAACAGUUCAUCAGGUGCAACAACAGAUGCAAAAUAUGUUCAUUCACCAACAUCCAUCACCAACCACUCGCUGAAUCCUCCUGUUAUUGACUUUUAUUCGUUUGCUGAUAUGUGUACACACGAAGAUGAGGAACUUUCACAAGGAGUAGCAGAACAGGACGAAGGAGAGGAGAGAGGGGGUGAUGAUUCCAACCCUAAUGGGGAAGCAGAUGAUGAUGAUGAUGAUGAGAUUGAUCCAUUGGACGAAACCAAUAUUCAAGAAUUUGGUUUCAAUAGUAUCAGUAGUAGCGGUAGCGGUAUGAUUAGUAACCGUAAUGGAUCAAUAUCUACUGGUGGUACAAACUCUACAAUGUUUACCAGAGAAAUGCCUGUUAGAAGAGGAAGUUAUGCUACAAUUAAUGCUAAAGAUUACAUAGGCGUUUUAUAG